AUGUUGAGACUAUUAAGUAAGAAAAUUGUUGGGAGUUCGGUUAAAAAGGUACCAGUAAUUGGAAUGAGUCGUAGAUGGUUGCAACUUAUGACUGUUAGUACACCGAAUGAGAAUUCAUUGAAAUAUGUUACUGCUACGGGUGAGUUAUUCCAACCUCGUGGGUCUCCAAGUGUCGAGAUCAAGAAUACAGAUGAUGAAUUAAUCAAACAUUCUAAAACAUUGACGGAAUUGUUUCUGAAAUGCCCUGGGGUUGAGUCCCUGAUGAUAGGUGAUGAUUUCUUGACUGUUAACAAAGAUGAACAAGUACAUUGGGCAACUGUGUCGCCAUCGGUUACUGAAAUAUUGACCAAUCAUUUUGCAAGUGGGUCAGAUAUUGUGGAUGAGGAGUUCUUGAAGUUAUUAGAACAAACUGAACGUGAGAAGCACAAGGAUGUUGGGUAUGACAUCAAACUUCCUGAAUUUGAAAUGACAGAAGAUGAGCAAGAGAUAAGUGAAAUGAUACAUGAACUAAUACAAACAAGAAUUAGACCUGCCAUCAUGGAUGAUGGAGGUGACAUUGUAUACAGAGGCUUCGAUCCCAAAACAGGAAAAGUAUAUGUCAAGUUGCAAGGUGCCUGUAAGUCGUGUUCGUCAAGUGAGGACACCUUGAAACAUGGUAUUGAAUCCAUGAUGAAACAUUACGUUGAGGAAGUGACAGAAGUGGUUCAAAUCCUCGAUCCAGAAGAACAAAUCGCAUUGAAGGAAUUCGACAAACUAGAACAAAAAUUACAGUCUAAUAUGCGAACACAUAACACUUAA